AGUCAAAGUCACUUGUGUUUAUAGUAAAUGGACAAAUUAAUCAAAAUGACACCAAAAUCAUUUAAUCAAUAUCCAAAUACUGAGAAGAACCAGAAUCCAGAGAACACCCAUGCAUAAAUAAAAUAGAUUUUUUUAUUUAUUUUCAGUAUGGAUCUCUAGAAAGUUUGCUAAGUUCCUUCAUUUAAGGGCCAACUUUAAAAAGAACCAUUACUCAAAGCCAUAGGAAUCCAUAUAGUCUUGAUAAUGUUUGCACAUUGAUCAAGAACUGAUCAAUGUGCAUACAUUAAACAACACAUCAUUUUAAGGGCCAAAUUUGUAACUUGGCAGAUGCAAGAAGUGGUUUACCACAGGUAAAGAAUAUACAGCAAUUUAGAUUCUUAAAUAAUUGAUAAUGUAGUUACAUUUGUAGAAGUUAGGAAAUGGGGGAGUUGCAAAUUGGGCUGGCCGGACACUUGACUGAUCAAGUUUUAAUGCUGAUAAGUGUUUUUUAUCACAUUAAGAAUAGUAGAAAUGACACUAUAUUCAUCCCCUGAAUGAUUUGGAAAUGCAAGAAAAUCCACAUGAAAGGGAUAUGGGUGUUUAUGGAGAUUCUUCUAUGUACUAAUUCAAAAGAAAGUGGGGAAGUAAUGGAAAAAGUAAACAGAAGGCUCAAGUAUCUAGCAAAUAGUGUGGAAAUGAAACCUUAGAGAGUUAUGGCGGUGAACUAAUGAGACUUUAUUUACAAUAGGUUUCAGGUUUGAUUGCCUUAUCACAAAAAUUAUAUUGUGGCUUUCCUGGACUCAGAAGAUUGCCAUAUAGGUUUGUACGUGGCUGGGUGGCUUGUUUUAUACUCCCAAAACCCUAUGGGAAAACAAGUGCCUCAUGUUCUUGGAUUUAAGUGCAUUUUCAUAUAACCUUCACUUGUGUCUGGUUCCUUUUUCACUGUUGAUUCUGAACCUGUCCACUUGUUCCACUUUGUCAGGGCCUAUGUAUGAGGAUUUUGAAUACUGUGUUUGGGUCAGAUCCCUUUCUUUUCCUUCUGUGUUCCUAACUAAAAGGGUUAGUUCUUUAAGCCUGUCAGUGUAGAACAGUCCGGGAAUGUAUCUGACUGCCAGACUGAUUCCAGAACAACUACAGUACGUAGCACAUUCCACAGCACAUUACCUAGAUCAUAGUGACUGCUGAUUUUUCAAAUAGUCUUCAUAUUCUUGUUAAUUUUUUUUUAAAUGUUACACCAGUGACUUUAGGAAAAAAUGGGAUGGAUUACAUUGUGAAAGUAACUUACCACAACACUGUUCAAUAUGAUUUGGGAAUGUCCUGUGAUACAGUAGACUACUUCCAGAUGUGUGCAGCUGGUUUACUAACUGGAGCUUCCAGCUGCUCCUGCUCAGAGCACUAAAACUAUUCAUGGAAAUUGAUUUAAGCAAAUUAAGCUUUUUUAUUUGCGAAGGGCUGUAUUUGGCCUUCUUUAGACUAGUUAAUGCAGGAGUUCAAUUCCACAAUUAACCAGUAGAUGGCACACUAGGUCUGGUAUUACUGCCGUGUGGAUGACCUUGUAAUGUACUUGAUUGAGCUCAGUGUUGCAAGGUUUCGUCGUCAAGGCUAUACACAACUAAAUUUCUAGACUGCCUUGGAAGGUAAGAAAACUUGAGGAAUACUUAAAUAAUUGGCAUAAAUCAGUUUGUUCCAUGGGCAACAGCACGAGCAGGCUGUACAGUGCCCUUGCCCAGACGCUGAGCAGCACCCCCCUGUCUCAGCAAGAACAGUACAGGGAGCAGCCUCUGGAGGUGGAGCCCAUUGACCCAGAAGAGCUGCUGAAGAAGUGUGAGGAAGUGCUGCAAAACAGGCCGCCCAGACUGAACAGGAGCUUUGUAUUUCCCAAGAAGAGCAGGCCUAGCCCCCACCGGCCAAUCAGAGUCAUGCAGUGGAACAUUCUUGCACAAGCUCUUGGGGAAGGCAAGGACAGCUUUGUGCAGUGUCCAUUGGAUGCUCUGAAAUGGGCCGAGCGAAAGUACCUCAUUCUUGAGGAGAUUCUAACCUACCGGCCGGACAUCUUUUGCCUGCAGGAAGUAGACCACUACUUUGACACCUUCCAGCCAAUCUUCACCAGCCUGGGCUACCACAGUAGCUUCUAUCCAAAGCCCUGGUCUCCUUGCUUGGACGUGGAGCACAACAACGGGCCAGAUGGCUGUGCUCUCUUCUUUAACAAGGAGAGGUUUGAACUGGUGGACAGCACCAAUAUGCGCCUGGUUGCAAUGAUGCUGAAGACCAACCAAGUGGCUAUAGCUCAGACUCUGCGAUGCAAGGAAACCGGGAUGCUGUUUUGCGUGGCUGUCACCCAUCUCAAGGCCCGCAGUGGCUGGGAGAGGUUCCGCUGCUCUCAGGGCUCGGACCUCCUGCAGAACCUGCAGUCCAUCACCAAGGGGACGGGCAUCCCACUGCUCAUCUGUGGGGACUUCAACGCCGAGCCCACGGAGGAUGUGUAUCGGCACUUUGCCAACUCCAGCCUCAACCUCAAUAGCGCCUGCAAGCUGCUGAGCCACGAUGGCCAGUCUGAGCCUCCCUACACUACCUGGAAGAUUCGUCCUUCUGGGGAGAGCUGCCACACACUAGACUACAUUUGGUACUCCCAGCAUGCCUUCAAUGUGGACUCUGUGCUAGAUUUCCCAACAGAAGAGCAGAUAGGACCCAAUAGACUGCCUUCUUACAAUUACCCUUCAGAUCACCUGUCCUUAGUGUGUGAUUUCAGCUUCACUGGUGAACCAGACAGACUUUUAUAGGUCACAUUCAUAGGACUUGUAAUGGUUACAAAUUAAUUUAUUGUAACCAUAUACCAUGUAUCAGGGACAUGCAACUUGCAGUACUUUCAGUGUGCUCCAUUCUAGAAUUUGGAUACAACCUGUUCCUUAAUUUUUUUCGUGAUGCUUAGCUGGAUCAAUUUAGCAAUUAUGGAGCUGAUUGUAGCAACAUUUUGGAAUGGAGCAAAAUAGAAAGGUAGCAAGUUGAUAUAUACAUCUCAAUAUAAUUUGUUUUCUACUAUAGCUGCUAGUUUCAACUGUUCUUGUAACUUAAUACUGCAUUAGCUUUAAGAUACAACUUUAAGAAUUGAAAGAGCCAUGGACCACUUAAGUCUUACUUCGUUCAGAAACAAUAACAGUAUAGCAGAUUUGUGCAAAUAGCGCCAGGACAAAAAUAAUUGAGGAAUGUUCCUCUAGUUAUAGACUUCUGUGUUUUAGGUUUUUCUUUAGAUUCUAAUGUUAUAUAAGUAUAUUACACAUAAACUUAAUAGGUAGUCCUUUCAAAAUUUCCACUCAGUUUGUACGUCAACUUCUUCUGGAAAAUAAAAUAUCUAAGUGGCCACUAAAGAUCCAUCUAAUCUUUUAAAGGAGUAGAACUCGUAUGUAUCUGUUGGCAAACAAACUCAAGCCAUACAGUGAUAGUGUCAGAUAGUGUCCACAAAGGAUCAGGCCUCACGGAAAGGUCUUAUAAAAAGGUUUUUAAAGUAGUACAAUGCAAGAGAUUGGCAAGCCAAUGUAAUAUAGAGCAGAUUUUAAAAGCUAGACUUCCCAACUCAUUCCAUUUCUCAUCUGGAGUAAUUAGACUGAUAUUACACAGUACUAUUGCACAUUUAAGGAGCUGGUUGUUACAAAGUCCAGGAAUGGAGAAGGUUGGAAGGUCAAGCUGAUUUCUUAGACAAACUAACUUAACAACAAACAAAAUACAUCAGCCCAUUUGUCUCAGUAUUUAAAGAUUUAAAAACUAUAAAAAGAGGUUAUACUAAACCUAUUUGUAGAAUAACACAGACAGAACCCCCACUGUUAAAAACCAAUAAGAAAAAGUUACUGUUAAUAUAAGGAGAACAGGACUGUAAAAUGUCAGCACUUUCAAUCAAUAUCAAUAAAUACAAAUGUUUAAUUUGCUUUUUUUAAAGCAGAACAUACUAUAGAAGGGUUUGGAUGAUUUCCAUUUUAAAAAAAUGGGAAAAAAAUCCAAUAUUUGGUCUUGUAGCUCUAUCUGUAUACUGAAUGAAUUCAGUAGCGACAACUGGAAAUUGAUAACCAAGCAAUAGGUAUAUUUAAAACUGCAAUAAUCAGAAUGUUCUAGUGUUAGGAGUUAACCACUUAAAUGUUGCUAAUGAUAAAACAUUUUCAACAAUGCAGUUUUAUAAUAUAUUAGAAAAUCUGUGUCCUGCUAUGGAUGGAUUGGGAGAUCUUUUAUUGAUCAGAGUACUAAGUCUUCCUGAGAUUUCCAUAUGUCUGAAUUAAAAUGACAUUUAUGAACUUUGAAAAUUAGAACCAUUUUAUACACACCAUCUUUAAUGUAAGCACCUUAAUAAUGGCAAAAAAAUGUGCAAAUAAAAUGAAACUUGUGAAUUAAAACUGUAAAAUCAAAGUGGAAUGUGCGACUGACUGAAGAUGUCUGUUCAAUAGGAAAAUCUGUGUGAUCCAAUUCAUGUAUCGUUUAACUUAGCUUUAUUCAUUUUUAUUUAUAGACUUUUUUUUGUCAUUCCAACUGGUUGUGGAGUGUUUACAGUUAUAGGAGUGUAAUAAUGGAAAUUGUCAAUAUUUUUUUACAGUGAUUGGGACUUUAGUGUGUAUUAAAUAUUAUUUUUCUGAAAUUAUUUAAAUGUUGAAGUUGUCCUCAUGCCUGCAUAUUUACUAAAUGCCAAGAAUAAAAAAAUAAUCAUUAUUGA